GCGGCGUAUUGAGCCGGGUCCACUUGCCACGGCUUUGCAUCUUGGCCUCACCCGCCGCUUGUCCCCUUUCCUGCUGGGCAUAACCACCUAUACCACAUCCCUUCCCGUUUCCAAAUCCCAUCUCAUCCUUCAUCCCUUCCACCUCUUCUUCCGUCAGAUAUUUUAUCUCGAUAUUCCUCAUCACCUAUCCCCUCAUUGCAACAGCUGAAGCGCGCUCACAGACGCUUUAGUUGUACCUCUACACCCAAUUGAAGGUUCCUCUGCCACCCCCGGUGUUGAUCCUUUCUUCCCCCCUCCUCUCCCGCCCCCCUGGCAUUUCAUAGUUGCAACAUGAAGCUGUCUCUCGCCUCUGUCGCCCUCGCCGCGCUCUCAGUCCCGGCAACCUUCGCCUACACCUACGGCAACCAAUAUCAGAACCCUGGCAACCUGCCCGCCAAGGUCGACAACACCCAGACAGGAUACAAUGACUGCCAGAGUCGCUACGGCAAUACCAAGCAAAGCGCCAGGUGCCAGAAUCUCUUCGUCAACUCCAUCAAGGACUUCUGCCUUUUCGGGCCUCCCUCCCCGGGUCAGACAGUUGGUGACCAAGAGGAGGUCGUCGUCUCGUACUGCAUGAAGAGCGGCUAUGGUACCCGGCUCAUCCCCAACGGUGCCAUCAAAGGCGCGCACUUCCUCUUGACUCCCUCGUUCGUUCAGGUCACCGGCGUUGGCGAUCUGACGAAGAUCAAUAUUGCCCAGGGUGACGAGGGCGGCGAGCUCGACCCGCACGGUGCCACCGGCUCUGGCAACCCCCGUGGUGGUCUGGUCUUCACACGCGCUCGUGGCAACUGGGAACGCAUGGACGAGUGGCAGCACUUUAUCUCUUACAACGAGUUCUGUGUCCGUGCCUGCUUCAACUCGGAGCCGUACCGUACGCAGUGGUGCCCUCACAUCUACGAUGUCAUGGGGUGCUACUGGAAUGAGCCCGCCAACUACAACAAUGGCCAGUUCGAGCAGUGCGACGGGACGCAGGGUCAGUGGCCUGGUGUCUACUCUGGCUCCACCUGGUACCAGGGCCAGUCGCCCACCCCUCCCGCUCAGGCUGCCGGCUCGAGCAGUAACUGCAGGCAGUACGCGUCGAUUAGCAACGGUGUCGCGGUCAGCAUUCCGUCAAGCUCUGCUGCCUCUGCCAAGGCGACCCGCCGUGCCGCCUUCGAUGACGACGAGUAAAACGCCACGCCGCGCCGUUCCUUUCUCAUUUCGUUUCGCUCCUUUGCGCCCCUUUACUUGCGCUGCUCGAUGAUCUUUGUCAGUUCAUUGGCACUUCUACCAGCCCUGGGCUAAAGUCUUUCCCCCGCCGGCACACUUUCAUCACGCGUGAAUCGCGCGGGCAGGGCUUGUUCGUUUCGAAGACAGGACGUGUGUUUCAAAAAUUUCAGACGCACUUUAGCAUCAUGUGAUAUGGACAUUCGUAUAUACUUUACACUGUUUUCGUAGUUUCUCGUCAAUUAUCCUUUUGGGGAAGUCUCCGACACCCCAAAUCAUCCUUCGUUUCUCACCUUUU